AUGACCUCAUCAUCUGCAGGAUACUCAAGGCUCGCGACCGACGCGAAUGCGGACGCGAUUCCAUUGUCUGCUAGAACCUCUCCAGACGUGAGGGAAGCCAAUGAAUCAAAUCAAUCUCGCAGGAACUCAAGAUCGUAUGUGCGUACUGUCUUAUAUAUUGUUGGGAUCCUUGCCGUAGCCAUGACUUCUUUUCGAUUUGGUCAACUUUCGGUCGUCCUUCCUCCUCACGAAGCGCCGGGCGGCAGACCGUCUGUGUCAGGUCCCGCAACCGACCAUAACACAACCAAGCCCGAGAUGGCCAAUAAACUCAGUGUCGGAUACUUUGUGAAUUGGGGAAUUUACGGCCGAAAAUUCCCUCCUUCUGCAAUUCAAGCUGACACACUUACCCACAUCCUUUACGCUUUCGCCAAUACCUCACCUGAUGGGUCCGUUAUUCUCUCCGACAAAUGGGCCGAUACCGAUAUCCACUAUUCCGGCGAUUCGUGGAAUGAAGAUCAAUCGUCCAAUCUCUAUGGAUGCUUCAAACAAUUAUAUCUCCUCAAAAAGAGAAAUCGGCACCUCAAAGUACUUUUGAGUAUUGGAGGGUGGACAUACUCUCCGGCCCUGCACCCGAUUGUCGUGGAUCCUCAUAAGCGCUCCAAGUUCGUGGAGACUGCAGUAACACUGCUGGAAGAUCUCGGAUUGGAUGGGCUCGACGUAGACUACGAGUUUCCCCAGAACGAUGAGCAAGCCCGAGGUUAUGUCUCUUUACUACGCGAACUUCGCCUGGGACUAGAUGCCCAUGCACAGAAGAAGGGGACGGAUUACCAUUUCGCCCUGACGAUUGCUGCUCCUUGUGGUCCUUCUCAUUACGAGAAAUUGCACGCGCGAGAAAUGGACAGCUACUUGACUUUUUGGAACCUAAUGUCAUACGAUUAUGCCGGUUCUUGGGAUUCAGUAUCUGGUCACCAAUCCAAUCUAUUUGGGGGACCAGGAGAAGCUAGCACAGAUCGGGCAGUGAAAUGGUACCUAUCACAAGGCAUCAGGCGAGAGAAACUUGUUAUUGGAAUUCCGCUAUAUGGACGUUCAUUCAUGAAUACCGAUGGACCAGGGAAAUCCUAUAAUGGAGUAGGGCCAGGUUCAUGGGAAGCCGGAUCCUAUGACUACCGGGUGCUACCCCUUCCGGGCACAAUAACCCAUAUAGACUCACACCGAAUGGCAAGCUGGUCAUACGAUCCUCGUAAAAAAGAAAUGAUCACCUAUGAUAACGAGGAAAUCGGAGUCACCAAAGGCCAGUGGAUCAGAAACGAAGGCCUAGCUGGUGCCAUGUAUUGGGAACUUUCGGGUGACAAGUGUCCCUCUAACCCGAAUCGUCCAGAAAUGGAGAAAGGUCCUGGCAAGGAUGCGAGUCCAGGAGCUUCGUUAGUCCAGGUAGUCGCGGAUGCUAUGGGUGGUAUAUUUAGAGGUACAGGUGAAGAGUAUGGUGGAUGGAAUUGGUUGAGGUAUGAAGGAAGUCGUUACGAGAACAUGAGGAAUGGGAUGAAUUAA